GAAAGAGAGGGAGACGUAGAACUGACACACCAGAGGCUGGAAGAGAGAGGAGGGAAGGAGGAGGUGACGGACCUGCUCCACUGGGAAUAGGCUACAGCUUACUGCUAAGUGCCAUCGGCACAGUAGACUCACAAAACGUACUUGCACUGUAAAAUGCACAAUAAGGCACCGUGCAGCGCCUGAUAGCUCUCACCGAGCUCCGCGAGGAUCUGCGUGGUUUGACUCCGCUUGUAGGAACUAAGGGAAAGGGGGAAAGGGAUUCAUGGGGAGUUUGUGCAGCUUCAUCGAGUAAAACGCCUGGAUUAUCCGAUUUUGGACGUGGCACUGGACGUUUUAAAAGCGAGACAGCGUUUCUCUGUUGGGCCAGCUGUAGCGUGCGACGUGUUUUUGUUUUUAGCAGCGACGUAGUUUUCGGAGCUCCGGUCAUGGCGGACCAAGAGGAGACUUUUGUCCUCCAAAACUCACCAGGUGGCUCGGAUUCCAGGGAAUUACAGAGUGAAAAUAAAUCAGAGAAGCAGAACGGGACCUCAAGCAAAUCCCCGUCAUCACAGACAACAUACAUUCAGCAGGGAAUGGAGGGAAUUAAGGUCUACCUGCACGAAAGGGAACUAUGGAUGAAGUUUCACGAGGUGGGAACGGAGAUGAUCAUAACCAAAGCGGGACGGAGAAUGUUCCCCAGCUUCAAAGUGAAGGUCACGGGAUUAAAUCCCAAAACGAAAUAUAUUCUACUUAUGGAUGUGGUUCCGGCGGACGAUCAUCGAUACAAAUUCGCCGACAAUAAAUGGUCUGUGACUGGGAAAGCAGAGCCUGCCAUGCCCGGGAGACUCUACGUUCACCCGGACUCUCCCGCCACGGGGGCGCACUGGAUGAGGCAGCUUGUGUCCUUUCAGAAGCUGAAAUUGACCAACAACCACCUGGACCCGUUCGGACACAUCAUCCUAAAUUCCAUGCACAAGUACCAACCGAGGAUUCACAUUGUGAAAGCGGAUGAAAAUAAUGGUUUUGGCUCCAAAAACACGGCCUUCUGCACUCACGUCUUCCCGGAAACGGCUUUCAUUGCGGUUACAUCCUAUCAGAACCAUAAGAUAACCCAGCUGAAGAUUGAGAACAACCCGUUUGCAAAAGGUUUCCGUGGUAGCGAUGAUAUGGAAUUGCACCGGAUGUCCAGAAUGCAAAGUACCAAGGAGUAUCCAGUAGUGCCUCGCAGUACAGUGCGGCAGAGAGUGGGCUCCAGCCAGAGUCCAUUUAGUGGGGAGGUCCAGGGCCUGGCCACACCAAGCAGCCUGAGCUCCCAGUACUCCCAGUGUGAAAAUGGUGUCACGAGCACCUCACAGGACAUGCUGCCUCAGUCGGGUUCCUACCCCCUGCCUCAUGAGCAUGGCCAAGAGUACCACUGUAUCAAGAGGAAAGUGGAUGAUGACUGUCACUCAGGAGAUCACAGCUACAAGAAAGCAUAUCUGGAGAGCUCGUCCAGCGAGGAGGACCAUUACUACCGCCCUGUUGGCUACGCUCAGAGCCUCAGUCUCUCCGGUGGGCCCUACCGCAGUGAGUCUAGCCAGCGGCAGGCCUGUAUGUAUGCCAGUGCCUCACAAAGCGCUGAGCCUGUUCCCAGUUUGGAAGACAUCAGCUGCAACACUUGGGCCAGUGUAUCACCCUAUGGUAGCUGUUCUGUCACCACCAUGCAGCCCAUGGAUCGACUGCCCUACCAACACUUCUCUGCUCACUUCACUUCAGGGUCUCUGGUGUCCAGACUAGGUGGAGUGGGAGGCCACGCCUCUCCACAGCUGGGUGACGGCCACCAUGCAGCUAUGUACCAGAGCUCCAUGACCCAUCAGACUCUGGGCCGCCAGUGCAGUCCUGGGGCUGGGAUCCAAUCGCCAACAGCUGGUCUGCAGGGAAAUGAGUACCUGUAUACACAUGGCAUACCACGUACACUAUCACCACACCAGUACCACUCUGUACAUAGUGUAAGCAUCAUGCCAGAGUGGAGUGAGAACAGCUAAAAGAGUUUUUUUUUUCCCCCCUCACUCAUUUAAUACAAAAGAAUAAAAGGAAAAACACAAAGAAGGACCAAAACAAGGCAGGGUUUAGAUGAAUUUAUAUUUAUAUUUUUUUAAGAGGUCUUGCUGUUCAUCUUAAUGAGACCAGCGUUGGUUCACAGCGGAUGUCCAUAGGAUGGUGCUGACUAGAAGAGAAGGCAUCUUAUCACUUAACUUGUUGUGACAGCAUGUGCACUUAAAAACAAACAAACUUCAGUAAAGAGGAGCUGGACAAGAACAGACGCAAAGACUGCUGAAGAGCAGAGAACACAGACACCGAAAAGAAGGUCAGAAAUGCUUCAGAUGCACGAGGUCCGCAGGUUGACUGUGUCCUCAUGCAGUGGUGCUUUGUUUUGGAUGUCCGCAUUUUAAGUCAGACCAUUAAAUGUGUUUGCAACCACAAGUACAAAGCUCUUUUUUGUACUAUGUCAUGAAUUUGUGUAAAAAAAAGCAAAAAAAAAAAAAAGGACGCUUGUUUUCUGUUAUAUUAGCCCAAGUUCUCUUUUUUUAAUAGUUUUUGUAGUUAACAAGUUACUUUAUAAAAUGGCUAUAACUUAAACCAUGAAUAAGCAAGUGUGAGCCUUUGUUGUAGCUCUUUGGUGAAUUUGCUUACUCUUAAAUCUGUCAGAAGGGGUUUCUUUUUUGUUUUGUUUUUUUGUUUUUGUUAUUGCAUACUUACAUGCACUUCAAAAAUGUUAUAUUAAUUUAAUGAUGUGAAGCACGAUAGUAAAAAUGUUCAUUUGUGCCCAGAAUUUUCAGCCAGACACUCAAGUGCAGCGGUGUUACAACCAAGCAGUAACACCAAAAACACAAUGACACUGACAAUGUCGAGAAAAGAAGCGGAAUCACAUUUACCCUCAGGUAAUGAACUAAGAUUUAAUCAGGUACUUUAUACAAUUUUGAUGCACAGCACUCCAGUGUAGAGAAUUCAAGAAAAGCCCUUAAAAAAUCUUUGCAUCCACACUGCCCAGUGCCAUAUAUUCACACUAACAGUACAAACCGCACUCACAAAUGUAUCAACAUUAUACUGCCCUGUUUUUCCCAUGCAGCAUGAUGGGGCAGAAAAAACUAGCAAAAUAAAGAAUAAUGAUAAGUAAACCAAAAUGACUAUCUGAACUUAAAGCUCUUCUAUCUACAUUCUGUAUCAAUAUCCACUAAUAGAUAUACAUUUUUGUUAAGGAUAAAUGAUGGCUAUUUAAGGGAAUUAUCAGUUAUCAGGUGACCCCAAAUGCAACCCCAUGUAAAUAUUGCUCACAGGAUCAUUUUUCAGUCAUGCUGUGCAUUUGUGGCCUUUUUGUGGAGUUCUUCUUGCCCCAAACUCAUGAAUACAUAACCUCACAACAAAAGAAUGGGAUACUUUCUCCUUCGAAUGUGUUACUGGAAUAGUAAUAUCAUUACUGAUACAAUUAAAAUGUUCCUCUGGACCUGCACACUGUUAUAACUGCGCAGAUUUUAUUUGCAGCUUUCAGUAAAAUUGAUUUUAGUUAUAACCCCUAUUUCAGACAAUAGGGCUGACAGUCUACUAUCAAGAAAGAAUGUGCAAAGCCUCUUUUCUGUACUCCAAUCACACAAUAUUAAAGUGGAAGUCAUUCCACUAGGAAAAAAAAUGCAAAAGCAUAAAAACCUUAAUUGUGUUCGUGUGUCUUCUAUAUGUCAAAACAUACUUUUUUACUUUCAUUUGCAUUUUCAAGAAAAAGAAAAAUGUUUCUCCCAUCAAGUUACCCAUUUGCUACCUUACACUCAAGAAUGGCUCAUUCUUUAGCACUUUGUCAUGCUGCCAAACUCUUGCCGCAGCUCAUGUGGAGCGUACACGUGGGAAAAAAAGUGCUCAUUAUUUAUUUGGAUUGUAGAACAGUUACUUUGAGUAAGUAACAGUAUACAGAAAAUUAGAUCAGUUGAUGGUAAACUGCUGUGCCUCAUUCACAUCAGAAUUACUUUAAUAUGUGGAAAUGUACUGCAGUAAGUACUGUAACAUCAGAAAACCAUCAAGUUGCCUGUUCUCCACCUUCCUGACAUAAAAGCCCUGCAAUUUUGAAAGAAUAUUUUUGUUUGUUUCAAAUUUUGAUUGUGUGUUUUAUGCACAGUCGGGCACAUUUAUCUGGUACCCGGUGAAUAUGUGCGCUCGCUAAUGUUUUGUAUUAAUCCUCAACGUGGCACUUCUAUGACAAUCACACAGGUAAAGUAGCAGUUAGACAUCAAAUGGAAUGUAAAUCUGAGAAUGCAGACAAAAUUUACUUGAUUUCAUUACAAAGCAAAUGUCAGUUUCAUCAUACAAACGAGUGUAUGUUAGAGGUCUGUUUCACAUGUGGACAAAGGCUAAUUUUUAAAUUCUUGUAGUCAAUAGAAUGUUAUUUGUCAAUAGUAUUUAUUUAACAACUAUGUAAAUCAGCUUGCUCCUGCAUGUAUCAAAGAUAAAUGGUUCAAUUUCUUUUUAUAGCCGGCUUUUUAUGAUUGUAUAGGAUUUUCUAAUCAUACUUCUAUAGGAAACGGAAGAUUACUAUACAGCUGUCAAAAAGUAUCAAACCAAGAAUGAAAACAUGAAAAUGUGGAUAUCUUUGUAAAUAAACAUGUACAUAACAGA